UUUGUAGUGCAUUUGUCAAAUGACAAAAUGUGUGGCAAAAUGCAUGGCUGCUGAUCGCAUUUGGGGUGUUAUUAACCAUGAAUAGCACCCAAAAGCAUGCUGUAUAUAUUUCUAUCCAUCUAUCUAUCUAGAUCUCUAUAUCACUCUCUUUCUCUCUCUUUUACAUUUUGCUGGUGCUGAUCUAGGAAGAAAGUAGCUUCUCUAACAGAUUCUCCACCUUUGGGCUGAAGAAGCUUGGACGGAGAUAUUGUACAGAGAUGGCCAGUAAGAUCUUCAGAUCUCACCUUCAUAAACUGGCCAUCUCUGUAAAAGUGAACAACCAUAAAAAAAUGUAAUAUAAAAUUGUUAUAUUUAGAUAUUACUGAUGACCACCUAAAAUUUUGCACAAAAAAUAAGUACUAGACCUAAUAGCUCUGCUUCUAAUUAAUCCCAGGGAAUGAAGUACAGCAAGGAGUACUUCAGGGUUUAUGGAUGAGAAGUGCAGUGUGAAGCAACAAGAAAUGUAACAAUUCCCCGCCUUCUAUGCCUUAAAAAAAUUCUUCUGCGUAGAUGACACCAGGAGGAGGGAUUUCCCUUGAAUCUAGCUUGAUUUUUUUUUUACACCAGAAGUCGGGAAGUAAAACAGAGCAGAGUCUGUUGCAGUCAGCACUUUCAAAUCCCAAAGAAUGGCAUUUCAGGACUAGUGCAGAGCAGUGUGUGCCUGUGUGCUGGCUGUUUUCUGAGCACAUAAAAGUGUAACUGAUUUGGUGAUCCUGCCACAUACUUCCUGUCCUAGGGUGACAGGGCUUACACAGUGACUGACUGUAUCUAUGGAGGAGCAGCGUUUUCACCCUGGGGAUGGAUGCACCCUAGGACCUGCCAGAGCUCAAUAGGCUCAGUGGCAACCUUCAUACUGACACACAAGAAUACUUCAUAGUGAUUAUUUGAUAUAGAAUUUUUUUCCGGUACAAUGGACACAGCAAGGACCUGGAUUGAGCCUGUGGUUGCUGGGACACAGAUUGGCAGCUCUUUUUAUGACACUGCUCUUCUUAUGGUUGUAAGAAAUCACUAUAACAAGACCAUCAACAACCAACCGGUUUCUACCAACUCUAGUACUGAUGAUGUGUUGCAGAAAGCCAUCUCAAACUUUUAUAUCAUUUACAAUGUUAUUAUGGGUCUAACUCCUUUACUGUCUGCUUAUAUGUUGGCAAAAAUUGGAGACAAAACCAGCAAAAAAGUGACUAUAUGUGUACCAUUGCUAGGCUAUCUUCUAUCAAGGAUUUUUUUGCUGUUCAUCAUUCUUUGGGAAUGGCCUAUAGAAAUCAUGUUUGGCUCUGCUGCUCUAAAUGGUUUAACUGGCUGGUUCACAACCUACUGGGCUGGGGUUAUGGCCUGGGCCUCCCUAUGUUCUUCAGAGAGGAGACGUUCUCAACGACUCAUCAUCAUUGAAAUGGUGUAUGGCGUGGCUGGAUUUGUGGGAAGUUUGGUUUCUGGACACAUAUUUGUUCAUUUAAAUAUUGCAAACCGUGAAGGGACUAUUCUUGUGUGUUGCAGCACUGGCUGCUAUGCCUUAUGUUUUCUAUAUAGUAUGUUUAUUCUGCGGACACCUGAGGAAGACAAUUGCUCUGAGAGCAGAUCAUCAUUGAUCAACGACACUGAUAAUACUACGAUACAGGGGCACUCAGUUGAGGAAUCGACAUAUGUGUUUCCAUCCAAGCUUAUAUUUAUAACUAUGUUUACUAGUGCAGUCCUCUUUAAUAUUUCUUUCACUGCUGCUGAUGAUGUGAUCAAUGUUUUUGUACUGAAAGCACCACUGAGUUGGGGUCCUGUUGAUGUUGGCUAUGGUAAUGCUGCAGCUUACAUGACAUACAUCACCAGCUUUCUAGGAGUUUUCAUUUUGAGCCAAUGUAUGGGAGACCUGGCAAUGAUUGUCAUUGGAAUAAUUUCAUUCAGUUCUGGACUUCUAAUAAUGGCCUUUGUGCGCUGGACCUUUAUGUACUAUAUUGCUCGAAGUGUAAUGAUGUUCUCACAAAUACCUACACCAACCAUCAGAUCAGUGAUAUCUAAACAAAUUCAAGGAUCAUCAUAUGGCAAAGUGUUUGUGGCACUUCAGCUCACAAUAGAAGUUGUGGCAGUGAGCACUUCAGCUGGAUUCAACAAACUUUAUCAAGCUACACUAGAUUGGAACAGUGGAUUCUGUUUUAUUUUAUUUGGCACCCUUGGAUUUCUCAGCAUUAUUCCUAUUGGAAUUGCAGCCUGCAAUAGGUGUUUAAAUAUGGAUCAAAGGACAAUCAGAAUCACAGGAAAAUCAAGUCAAGUUCCUGAAGAAAACUGAGCUCUGGUAUUCCUCUUACCAGGAGCCAAUAAUGCAAACAUAUACUGUGACUAGUAGAGUAAACAUUAUGAGCGAAAGGGGAAUUCCUUAUAUUCAGGUCUGGUUAAAGUUCCACUAGGUCUUUGACCUAGUAAGACUACCAAACACGUUAUUAGACUUAUGUAAUUUGGACUGGAAAUGUGAAAUGCAAAAUAAAGGACUUCCUCAGAAGUAUUUAUUGAUGUGCUUCAGUGAUAUGGGUGGUGCCAAGCAAUUUUAAAGGUGAAUUCUAAGUAUUUUUUUUUUGCAGUUACAUUAGUCCAGCUUGGACCCAUACAAGUAUACAUAUUCCAUACUUGGACAGUCCCUGUGGGAGUGCAGAAUCACUGUGGUAGUCACCAUUACUGCAGUGAUCCUCGCUAUCUUCAGGAUCCCAUCGCCCAUUUAGCAAAGGUGUCAUUCAGAGAACGCCUAUCUUUUUUUUGGGGGGGGGGGGAGCGGGUUUUGACAGGUACCUGCUCCCACCCCAAAAAGAUGCUAAAUGUGGUAGGGGGGAGACAGAUAAACAGAGAUUCCCCUUUUGGGUGAAGCUCCACUUUAAAGCAGGGAACCAGCUGUGAAGCUGCAAGGCUUCGUUGCCAGUAUCCCUUAGUGGAGAUGCCGGUGAUAGCACCCUAUAGCUGAUUGAAAAAUCAUCUUGGGAGAGGACAACACUGGAUUGGAUUCCUGGACAGGUAAGUGCCCUAAUUAAAGUCAGCAGCUACAGUAUUUGUAGCUGCUGAAUUUUUUUUGAGAGAGCCUGGAACUCUUCUUUAAGUUUUGCUUUACAAGAUGUAGGUACAUGUAUGUGUAUUGCCAGACUACAGUAGCAAAACUAUGUACUAAUUAGUCAGAGGGUAGGAAACAUGAGCUGCUACACCUCUUAUAUGUAAAAUGAAUAAUUAUGUAUGUCACACCUAACUCUAACAUCAAAUGCACUGACUUUUAUUAACACUAAAACAAUGUGUAUUGAGGCUUGGGUCUCUCAGGCUGCAGUGUACCAAGACUUUUCUCUAGCUCAAGGUAAGGACCUUGUUUGUAGAAUUUCCCCCAAAAAGCUAGUAUAAAGAUCAAUAUGCAAAAAUGUAUAACUGGAGCUCAGAAAGGAACAUCUGUCAAAAAAAAAAAAAAAAA